AUUGUCAUUGUCGUUUUGAAGAUAGAUUUCAUUUUCGAUUUCUAAUACAUUCAAAUUCUAUUCACUUUUUUGUUUACGUUUCUAUUAUUUGCUUUCAUGGAAAAUUGUUGACACAAUUUUUACCAAACAGGAGACUAAGAAUGAGAAAAAAACAAUAUAUUUCAAAUUAAUUGAAUUGGAUCGAUCGAUUGAAUGUAAUGAUCUCAACAUGUGGUCAUCAAUGACGUCGUCAUUGGUGGUGGUGAUGUCGAUCAAAUCAAAUUGGUAUAAAUGGGCGGACAAUAUAAUUCUUUUCAAUUUUCAAAUUCGGAGAUUCUUUUUGAUUCUAUUACAUUCAUGACUUCUAUUGACAAUCGGGCAAUUGAAGCUUGAUUGAUUUUUGAUUAUUAGAUGAAAAACAACGACCUCCUAUUUCUAUAUUAACAAAAUAUUGAUUCAUUAGAUAUUGAUUAUUUGUUUAUACAGCUUAUUCGAUAUAUUCACCUGUUGAUAAAUUUAUUAAAUAUGAAACAGUGAUUAAGGUAAUCAAGAUUCUACAAAACUGGCGCCAACAUCCACGAAUAAAUCAUUUUAUCCAUUGUGAUUGAACAUAAAACUUCAAAAUGAAUGCUCGUAUUUCGAUCUUUUUUUUUGCCGCAUUUUUCACUUUAACCAUGAAUUGUUUUGCACAAAACAUUGAAACAGUUCCACCUGAGCGAUUGUUAUCACAUGAAAAUACUGCCAAAAUCGAUGAGAUGCAACAGCAUGGUUUAAAAUUACGAAAACGAAUUUGUGAAUUAGAUGAAGAUGAAGCUCGUUCAUUGAAUGAUAAGAUGAAUGAAUGUAAUCGUUUGAAUCAUGUCUAUCAAAUUGAAGAAUUAUUAAAACAAUGUCGACAACUUAAAGACAUGUCUAAAGCACUCAACUAUUUAGAAUUCGAAAGACAAGAAUGUCUUUAUGAAGAAUGUCAUCUUGAGAUUAUGGCGUCUUCCGAAUAUAAACGAAUCAUGCAAGAAUGGGAAAGAUUAUCACCUAUGGAACGAUUGAAUCGAGAUCAUCAACGUUUUAAAUGUGCAAUUGAAGCUCUAGGAAUCACUUCAUCAUAAACAAUACAGCAACAUAAUUAAUGGUUGAAUUUUAUUCUCGUGUGGAAUAAACUACAGAAUCUACAUCAAAUUCAACUUUUAUGUAGUUCAAUUCAUGAUAACAAUAAAUAUUCAUU